AUGCCUUUAGAUGCGAAAGAGGUCCGGAGACGGCGUAGUAGUAGUCUUGUCUACACCGAACCCCCCGAGUCUCUCGAGCAGCUUAGCGAUCAGGCUGCCCUACCCAAUCUGAAUGCGCAAUGGGUGAAUGCAAAAGGCGCGUGGGUAAUACACUUCGUCCUCAUUGCACUCGGCAAAAUAUUAUUUGACAUAAUUCCGGGUGUCUCGCAGGAGACAUCAUGGACCCUAACCAAUAUCUCAUAUGUGGCCGGGUCAUACCUCAUGUUCCACUACGUCCGCGGUGUACCAUUCGACUUCAACUCGGGUGCCUACGACAACCUCAACAUGUGGGAGCAGAUCGAUAACGGGGACCAGUACACACCUGCCAAGAAAUUCCUACUUAUGGUCCCCAUUGGACUAUUUUUGCUCAGCACCCAUUACACCCGCUAUGACCUCACAUACUUUAUCAUCAACACACUGGCCACACUAGCUGUAGUCAUUCCGAAGCUGCCAGCGGCACACAGGCUUCGCAUUUCAUUUUUCUCGCCUCCGCCGGACGAUGCAUAG